AUGAUGCGGAGCGCACAAAAUCUUGAUUCAUUUUGCAUUCUCCUCUUCAUUGCUUCGUUUGUGCACUCUGUGUAUAUUCCUAGUAUUUUUCUCUUCUUUUAUAUCAUUAUCACGGUGUGUUUCGUGGCUCGUUUAGCACGUAUGCUUCGCUCCACAGCCUCUCGUACGGGUACGCCGUCCGUUGCCCUACGCCGCUACCUGGCGACAGUGGCAGACGGAGCACCCAAAAUCCCAAAGAGGGAAGGGGACAUCUCGGAUGCCUUCGUAUCGCUAUCUGGUGCGAAGCGAGAUCCACUGCCUGAUCGGUUCCGCGAGCUCAAGUGUGCCCUUGUCCGAGGCCGAGAGAAGCAGAUAGUGGACAGCUGGAAGCGGCUGCUCCGCUCUCUACGAGAAGAGAACGAGUUGAUUGCCCGCAAAGGGUCUGCCAUUAUUCCACAGGUAGAAUUCUCAAAUCUUGAUAGUGGCAUUGCUAGUCUCAAGGACGAAAUCCUGAAGCGUGGUGCCGUCGUUGUGCGCGGCGUGGUCCCAGAGGCCGAAGCCAGAGCCUACAAGGACGAAGUCGAAGACUAUGUAAAGACAAAUCCCUGGACAAGAGCCUUCCCGCCAAACGACCCCCAAGUAUACGAGCUGUACUGGUCGGCUCCACAGCUGAAAGCACGCUCGCAUCCUUCGCUUCUCACCGUCCAACGGCAGCUCAUGUCGUUGUUGUGGCAUACAUCGUCCCCAUCAUCUCUUAUCUCCCUUACAGAACCCUUGACAUAUGCAGACCGACUGCGUAUUCGUCAGCCUGGCGAUGCUAGCUUCGCGCUCGGCCCUCACAUUGACGGCGGAAGCGUCGAGCGCUGGGAGCCUGACGGUUACGGCCGCGGUGGCGUUUACGAUGCUGUUUUUGACGGCAACUGGGAAUCCUAUGACCCAUGGGAUGCCAGUGGGCGUGUUGACGCUGUUAAUAACUUGCAUGACGGUCUUGGUGCGUGCUCCAUGUUCAGAAUGUGGCAGGGUUGGCUGAGCAUGAGCCAUUGUGGGCCUAACCAGGGUACUCUGCUUGUCAAUCCGCUGAUGCACAUGGCCACAGCAUACGUGUUGUUGAGACCGUUCUUCCGGCCUAUCCGGAAAGGCACCGGUGCAGCCUUCUUGGAUGAGGCCAAUUGGGAGCUUGCCGGAGAGAACGAGAUGACGAGUGAUCUCCAGGGAGCUUCCCCGGGCCAUGGUCAAGAGCUGACCGAUGACCUCCAUCCUCACUUGGAGCUUGCGCAGACAAUGGUGCAUGUACCAGAGAUCAAACCUGGAGACUUUGUUGCAUGGCACUGCGAUACAAUUCACUCAGUUGAUAAGCAGCAUAAUGGAACGUCUGACUCCAGCGUUCUGUACAUUCCCAUUUGCCCUGUCACAGCCUUUAAUGCUCAGUACCUGGUCCGGCAGCGUGAUGCCUUCCGGGCUGGCACCCCCGGACCGGACUUCCCUGGCGGCGAAGGUGAGACCCGCCAUGCCGGCCGUCCUACCGAACAGCAGCUCCGUGGGUGGUCCACAGGAGACGGGCUCCGCGCUAUGGGAUUUGAGAAGCUAAUGGCAGAUGCUGGCGCCUUGCCUGGGCAAAGAAAAGUAGUUGAAGAGGCGAACCGAAUCCUGGGGUUCUAA